AGGAAACUAACCAGAAGUCCUAAAGCGGGGUACCAAAGUAGGAAGUGGAAGUACUAAAAGAAAUAAAACUCGAGCAAAAAACAACAUUCACAAUGUCAAAGAAGUCGGUGUGCAUUGUCGGAUCGGGAAAUUGGGGAUCUGCCAUCGCCAAGAUCAUAGGUGAAAAUGUCACACAGCACUCAGAGAUGUUUGAGUCGCGAGUCAACAUGUACAUGUACGAGGAAACAUUUGAAGGACAGAAACUCACGGAAGUGGUCAACAGAGAGCAUGAAAAUGUCAAAUAUCUGCCAGGCAUAAAACUGCCGGAGAAUGUGGUUGCUAUCCCAGAUCUCGUAGAGGCGAGCAAGAAUGCCGACCUUCUGAUAUUUGUCAUGCCUCAUCAGUUUGUUCGGGGAACCUGCAAGACAAUGCAAGAACACAUCAAGGACUCCGCUCUUGCUGUCUCCCUUAUUAAGGGAUUUGACACGGCUGCAGAUGGCAGUUUCCUGAUGAUAUCGAAGAUGAUCGAAGACAUAUUAUCGAUCGAUUGCUGCGUGUUGAUGGGAGCAAACCUUGCACCUGAAGUGGCUGAGGAACAGUUCUGUGAAACCACCAUAGGGUGUAAAACAGAGGAGCAAGGAGAGUUACUGAAGUCGCUGUUUGAGAAGCCAUAUUUCCGUUGUUCUGUCGUUAUGGACAUACCGACCAUUGAGAUGUGUGGAGCAUUAAAGAAUGUGGUAGCUAUCGGUGCGGGAAUUGUGGAUGGUAUGGGACUUGGACACAACACCAAGGCCGCUGUAUUGAGACUUGGGCUCAUGGAAAUGGUGGCAUUUGGAGAACAUUUCAUAGAUGGUUGUAAGGAGGAGACAUUUUUUGAGAGCUGUGGAGUUGCUGACUUGGUGGCCACGUGUCACGGUGGACGGAACAGGCUCCUAGGGGAAACUGUGGUCAAGUCGGAUAAGACUAUACGACAGCUAGAGAAGGAGAUAUUGCGGGGUCAGAGUUUCCAGGGGCCCCUCGUUGCCAAGGACAUAUUUAAAGUGCUUAGCCAGAAAAACAUGCUAGAAAGGUUCCCAUUGUUUACGGCAAUUUACAGAAUCUGUGUACGAGAAAUGGAUCCCAAGGAUUUCAUUAACUGUCUACGACACCAUCCCGAACAUUUAUAGAGGACUACCCUAGAGGAUUAUUGUUUGUUUGUCAUGUAGUGUUUGUGUUUUGUGCCAUUUGUUGAAAAAUUCAAAGUGUUUUGUUUUGGAUUUUUGACAAGACAUUUUGACUAAGGAAUUUUCCCCAACAAAGAUUGUCGCAUUUAUUAAGUUCCGGGUAUGUUUCUUAUGUUUCUUAUUAAUUAUGUUCUUAGAAUUUAAGAUUUUUUGGAAAGUACAUGUUAUUAUAAUAUCGAACUUCCACAAGUUUUGAAGGUUAUAGAUAUAAUACAAUAUCUACAUAUACUAGAUAAGAUAAUUAUUUGAUUAUGGAUGUAAAACUGAAUAUCAUAAUAUUGACCUUUUUUUGUACAUAGAAGCAAGGAAAAUGUAUUGCAUGGUACAACAUAACAUCUUAAUAAUUUGUACGUCUUCUUAGACAUGUUAAAGUAAUUUCAUGGUUUUGUUAAUUUUUUGUUGAUGUUUUUUUCUUAAGAAGAUAAAAAUAAUACUGAUAGUCAUCAAAGGGCUUUAAGAGUUAAAAUAAUUGUUAUCGCAUUAAACAAUGCUUAAAAAAGAAGCCAGAUUUGUAAAUUUUGAAAUUUUACAUUUUUUUUAACUUUUAUGUACAUGUUUAUCAUUUUAAUAUGGUGGUAUCGUUUUGUUGGUUCUGUUUACUGGUUGAGAAUGUGUGAAUUCAAUGACCAAAAUAUGUUGUAGACAAUGCUUUAAUGUAUUAAAGGACUUAACUCUCUCUCGUCUUUUCAUGCUGCCUCGAUUAACGAGAGAGAUCACAAUGGCAAAACCCAUCAAAAAAUCCAGAUUUAAAAAAAGCCAUAUUUGUAAAAAUAUUUUGGUCUUAAGUUUUACAUAUAUUUUCUCUGCUCGUAGAAUAUUUUUAUAUAGUACCUAUUCCAUGGUUGGAUUUUUAAUUCAAAUAAUAAUAAAUUUGCAUAGAUAUUCCCUAUUUAUGGCCGAAUAACUUACUUUUUCGUUGUUUUUUUUGUAUGUUCUAUUAAGAAUCUCUGUAUUACUUUGUGCAUAUUAUAAAUUUAUAACUAUUAUAUACUAUUAUACAUGUAGUAACUAUUUAUGAUUUUACAUGUCUUUAAAUGGGAAUUACUGGUAAUGUCUUUUUGUGUAGUUUAUGUGCACUAGAAAAUUUUAUAUGGUUUGAACAGAUAUGUAAAUUAUAAGUUUAUGGUUUAUUUCAUUAUCAGAAUAGUCCAUGAUUAAUUAUAGACAUUCAGUAUUGAUCAGACCAUUUUUCUGAAACAUUAAACUAAUAUAUGUGGCUUAAUCCACUGAAAUUUAGAGGUUCAUUUUUUAACAUUGGGUGUUUUAUAAGCAUGUAUGGGUUUCAAAGAAACAUAGUUGAGGUAUAAUGAUUCCCUCUGUAUCAUUUUCAGCAUUAUUGUCGGAAUUCGAAGACUGAAAAUGAAACUUUGUUCCCAUAUUGCCCAAAACAAUAUUAGUCUAGCAAGGCACUCAACUCUGCAUAACUAUUUUUCUGGUUUUAAUAAAUUGUUGAGUUAUGCCCCUUGUUUGACUGAAAAUGACAGACAGACUUUGACCAUGGCACUCUUGUAACAAAUGUGAUGUAAUAUUAAUGCCAUAGUUGAAACUGUGUAGUAUUAGCUUUGCUAUUUUUAAGGCAACUACAAAUACAUUGAUUCUUAGAUUAUAAACCAAACAUUUCUGCUGAUAAAAUCAGCCUUCAAUAAGAACUGUGCAGAAUCAUUAACAAUUUCUUUUUCACCUCUUAGCAGACUUUGGUACCCCAUCAUACUUGGUUUCCCGGUCUGCUGAAGUAUUAUCUGAGUCAGUUAUAACAUAUCUUAAUUCUUAAUGCCUAUGGAUGGUUUUUGUAAGAGACUUUUUAAACUAUUAAAUCACAGACCAUCUGGGGAUCCCAUUGUGUGGAAACGUAAGAGUGUAUAUAGUAAAUACUAAAUGGUUUUCAUGAAAAUUGAUAAGGACCAGCAUUCUCAAUAGAUGGUUUGGUUAAGAAGCUUUUGCAGAAAACAUACAACAGUAGGAAAUGUGUUUUUGAUUAUGUGUACCAGUAAUGUGUUAUAUAGUAUAGAUUUAAAAAAAAAAUCACAAUAAUUUACAUACAAAAGUAGUAGAACGAAAUAUAUCUGUGUGUGUCUUUUUUAUGUCGGAUGUGUUAUGCAUAUUCAAAAUUUGAAAAAAAAUUAAACAGCAUCACCAUUAUGAACACAUUGGUUGGUGUUUUUUUUAUAUUUCUUGAAUUAUAUUGCUUAAGUGCUAAGAGUUUGGUGCAUUUGAUUUUCUGUGCAAAUAUGAAUAAAUAUAUCUUCUUUUUGAAUAUAUUGUCAUUUUUAUGGCAUUCUAUUUCAGGUAGAUUAUUUUAUUGUUUGUUUUUGUUUCAACAAUGUGUACUUUUGUAUUGUUUGUUUAUUAUGAUGUUUUGUUCGUGCUUGUUUAUUUUGUUUUAUAUUACAUUUUUGUUGCAAUGUGUUUUUUGAUUGAUUUUACACCAGUUAUUAAUUUUCAAGGCUUAUGGGUACUUUUAUCCUUAUAUAAGUCUAAGAAAUUGUGUAGUGAAUUUAUAGUUUAAAAAUCUAUUUUUCACAGCAUUUUUAUUUAAGCACUCUAGGUCCUUAAAGGAACUAGACGCCAGAUGGUUCAAUUUCAAGAAAGAAAGAAAAUUGUCAGAAAUUUACAUGAAAUUGAUAUUGUGUUUAAAGCUUUGAAUCUUACAUAUUGAUGUAUCACAUCACGUACAACACAUACGUCUUUUGCAGUUUUUGUGCUUUUUGUCCAAUGCAAAUUUUACUGGGUUUGUCUACCACCUAAAUCCCAGUGUUUAACAAUAGCGUUGGUAUAUUUAUCUGUACUCAUCAAUAGACUUUCACAUGCUAAAUAUACAUACUUAUGGCUUCCCGUAAGAACAAACUUUGCACGGAAGCAAAAUACUGCUGCGAAAUAAGGAAGACACAGAGCACGGCAGAUCAACAGCGUAGAUGAAAUUGUUCAAUUGAAACUUUUGAAAGAGGUUCAACUUGUUGAAAAUGACAGCAGGUAGCUAAGACUCUUAUUGACUGUUUAGUGUAUGAAUCGAUCAUAUGAUUUGCAAGGUGUUUGGGAAAAACAUUCUGCACUUUAUAAACUGGGAAACCAUUGUGCGCUAUUUUAAAAUGCGAAAACUCAGCUGAGACAGUGUUUAUUUUUUUAAUUAUGUAAAAUGAUGUAUUAUCAGUCUCGUAAUAGCUCGCAUUGACAUAUCCAGGCUUGUUUUGAGGAAAUACUGUAUUUGCAGAGUUUUGGACCAUAAUGGUGUCUAGUCCUUUUAAGUGGUAAAUUAAUUGUACAUGUGUCAAAAAAUUAUGGGGCAAAGUUAACAACCGAAUCAUCACUUAGUCUAUUAGUUCGAUAGUAUUGAUAUUCCGAAAAAAUAAUGUAUAUUAAUUUUUAUAACAUAAUUAAAAUACCACAUAUUGCUAAAAACACCUCUACAAAAGAGAUUUUUUCGAUGAACAUUAACUUUAAAACUGUUGUACAAUUAAUAUUUCUAUUUAUAAUUAUGUUUUUGUCAGGUAUCAGAUGUAUACACAGACAUGUGAAUUUGUAUGCCUGGUGGCCACAUAAGACUUUGUUAUCAUUUGAAAGAGUUUUAUGGCAAACAAAUGGCAUAAUACAAUUGAAUAUUUUUUUUACAAAUAAGCUUAUUUGGCCUUGAAAGAUUGCAUAAUAGGCCAUUUUAUGUUCGGUUAAAGUGUAAAUAAAGAACAAAAAUAUAAACUGUGAUGACCUUAUUUCAAUUUUAUUUUAGUCUUAUAUUACAUAUUAAUAACCAGCUAGAUGGAACCAAAGUUAUUAUGUUACCAGACCAAAUGAUACCACACUUAAUGAUAUCAAACUUCAUGAUACCAAUGUUAUAUGAGCCACCAGUCAUAGAUCCAAUCAUCGUCGGCAACCACGAUACUUUCUUCCGUUACACUCCAUACAUACCUUGGGACAAUUGACUGACGAAAUCUCGUUUUAAUGAAUAUACAUGAGGCAGGAGAGAAAACUCUUCUUCCAAUGAAUACGCAUGUAACACUCAAAUAUUGUUCAAUAGCUUUACAGUGUCCUCCGUGGCUGUGUGGUCUUGACUACUGCCUAAUAUUAUUGUACUGAGAAGGCGGACCCGGUUCAUCUCCGUCAAUCGGCAGAAUAUUCUUCAACCUUAAAGCAUCUGGCCCCAAUUUCUCGAAACUUCUUAAGUCCCUAAUAACAGGAUUAAGCUAAUCUCACCAUUUUUGUUGUUCUUUAAAAUGUGUUAUAUUAACUUCUUCAAGAAUUUUUAGAAAUUAUGUAGGAAUAAUCUGUAUGAUUAUCAGAAUAAACCAUUUUUCAUUGAUCAAAACCCAUUUUCAGAAUGCAUUUUGGCUAAUUGAAAUAAGCGACUUAAGCCUGUUGAGCUUAAGAAGUUUCGAGAAAUUGGGGCCUGGUACUUUGAGGAACCAAUGAAACUGCCUCAUUAAUUAUUAAUGAUUAUGAGACUUUCCUAGCCAAAUUGCCCACGGUAAACAACGAAGCAUAGCAUACUGUGUAUCGGGGGUAUCCGACGAUGAUAUACAAUGAUUGGUGAGAUUACUAAAUUAAUCAUGUUUCUGAUACCUUUAAGACACAUAGAUGAUAGAUUGUGCAGAUUGUGAUCCAAUAUAAAAAUGACAGGCACAACUGUUUUUCAAAGCCUGAAUCUGUUUUUGUUAUGUUUGUAUAUGUAUAGUUAUUUUUUAUCUACCACCCCUGUUUUAUUCAUAAACUCAUUUGAUAAAAAACGCA